AUGCAACAUCCACCACUCUCUUCCAUCUCUUCCAAUAUCACAUCAAUCGCCAACCCCACCGACCACAACAACAACAACAACUCCACUCUCUCAACGGCAUCACAACAGGACUUCCAACAACACCUUUCCAUUCCACAUUCACAACACGUGGAGAUUUCACAACAAUCGUCUCCGAUUCCGAUGGACACCGUUCCGAACACACAACAACAAACUCCUGCACGCAACACGAUGCAUCUUCAAAUUCCACCUUCGCCAUUAUUUGAAUGGUUGGCUCCUUUCGUGGAACCUCUGUUUCAUCGUUUGAAUACCAUGUUGGACAUUUUGUAUGAAAAGUAUGGUUUGAUCAAGGUGGAUCCACUUCUGAAUGUAUUUUCUCUCUGCUUGAUCGCAUGCUUUUGUCUUCUUAUUGGAGAUGUGUCUCAUGUUCCAGUGGGGAUUUUAUGUGUUGGAUUUUUAGGAAUUUCAUGUGGUUGGAUGGCCAUGUGGUGUCAAGAUCCACUCUUGAUGGUUCUUUAUGCAGGUUUGAAUGCAGUGGGUUUGAUGUUUUGUUUGUCAAAGCUGAGUUGGGGCUAUGCGGAUGUUAGUUUUUCGUUUGGCAUCUUGUGGAUUGCUCAGUUUAGGAGCUGUUCUUUAGCCAUGCAUUAUUAUAGAAUGAGAAUUCAUCGAAAGGAACAGUCGAUGAUGCAAGAACUGAGUGAAACAGUUCAUGUGUAG